UCAACUGCACUGCCUCGCUCGCUCCUGUCUUCAGAGUUACCAGAAUUUCAUUGCAUUUCGUUUGCGUGGAGAACUAAGUAUGAAGGGUUUGAUCUUUGGUAUCUCCCUUCUACUCACCUUUAUCAACGCCGAGUUUGAUAUAAGGCUAGUUGAUGGCAGCGAUCAUUGUUCGGGAAGAGUGGAGGUGAAAUACAAUGGACAAUGGGGGACGGUUUGCGACGACGGAUGGGAUAUGGAAGACUCCAAGGUUGUUUGCAAACAGCUUGGUUGCGGAUCUCCUGUAGCAGCACUUUCCGGAGCAAAGUUCGGACAGGGGAGCGGGAACAUUUGGAUGGACGAUGUUUCGUGUAAUGGAACUGAAUCGUCCCUGUCGAACUGCUUCUUCGGAGGAUGGGGUAUUAACAAUUGCGGUCACCAAGAAGAUGCAGGCGUAAAAUGCAUGGAAGAGGUUGCUAUAAGGCUCACUGAUGGCAACAAUCGUUGUUCGGGAAGAGUGGAGGUGAAAUACAAUGGACAGUGGGGGACGGUUUGCGACGACGGCUGGGAUGUGGAAGACUCCAAGGUUGUUUGCGAACAGCUUGGUUGCGGAUCUCCCACAGCAGCACUUUCAGGAGCAAUCUUCGGACAGGGGAGCGGGAACAUUUGGAUGGACGAUGUUUCGUGUAAAGGAAAUGAACCUUCCCUUUGGCAAUGCUCCUUCCGAGGAUGGGGGAUUAACAACUGCGGUCAUGGAGAAGAUGCAGGCGUGAAAUGUACGCAAGAAGUUGAAUUAAGGCUAGUUGAUGGCAACGAUCGUUGUUCGGGAAGAGUGGAGGUGAAAUACAAUGGACAGUGGGGGACGGUUUGCGACGACGAUUGGGAUAUGGAAGACUCCAAGGUUGUUUGCAAACAGCUUGGUUGCGGAUCUCCCGCAGCAGCACUUUCCGGCGCAAAGUUUGGGCAAGGGAGUGGAAGCAUUUGGAUGGACGAUGUCACGUGCAAUGGACGUGAAGAUUCACUUUGGAAAUGCUCCUUCCGUGGAUGGGGGAUUAACGACUGCAGUCACGGAGAAGACGCAGGCGUGAACUGUAUGGAAGAAGUUGAUAUAAGGCUGGUUGAUGGCAAAGAUCGUUGUUCGGGAAGAGUGGAGGUGAAAUACAAUGGACAGUGGGGGACGGUUUGUGACGAUGGCUGGGAUAUGGAAGACUCCAAGGUUGUUUGCAAACAACUUGGUUGCGGACCUCCCGCAGCAGCACUCUCCGGAGCAAAGUUCGGGCAAGGAAGUGGAAACAUUUGGAUGGACGAUGUCAAGUGCAAUGGACGUGAAGCUUCACUUUGGAAAUGCUCCUUCCCAGGAUGGGGGAUUAACAACUGCGGUCACGGAGAAGAUGCAGGCGUGAACUGUACGGAAGAGGUUGAUAUAAGGCUAGUUAAUGGCAGCGAUCGUUGUUCGGGAAGAGUGGAGGUGAAAUACAAUGGACAGUGGGGGACGGUUUGCGACGACGACUGGGAUAUGGAAGAUUCCAAGGUUGUUUGCAAACAGCUUGGUUGCGGAUCGCACGCUGCAGCACUUUCCGGAGCAAAGUUCGGGCAAGGGAGUGGAAACAUUUGGAUGGACGAUGUCAAGUGCAAUGGACGUGAAGCUUCACUUUGGAAUUGCUCCUUCCGAGGAUGGGGCAUUAACAACUGCGGUCACGGAGAAGAUGCAGGCGUGAAAUGCACGAAAGAAGUUGAUAUCAGGCUCGCUGAUGGCAACAAUCGUUGUUCGGGAAGAGUGGAGGUGAAAUACAAUGGUCAGUGGGGGACGGUUUGCGACGACGACUGGGAUAUGGAAGACUCCAAGGUUGUUUGCAAACAGAUUGGUUGCGGAUCUCCCGCAGCAGCACUCUCCGGAGCAACGUUCGGGCAAGGGACUGGAAACAUUUGGAUGGACGAUGUCAAGUGCAAUGGACGUGAAGCUUCACUUUCGGAAUGCUCUUUCCGAGGUUGGGGGAUUAACAACUGCGGUCACCAAGAAGAUGCAGGCGUGAAAUGUGCUGAAGAGUUUGAUAUAAGGCUCGCUGAUGGCAGCGAUCGUUGUUCGGGAAGAGUGGAGGUGAAAUACAACGGACAGUGGGGAACGGUUUGUGACGACGGCUGGGAUAUGGAAGACUCCAAGGUUGUUUGCAAACAGCUUGGUUGCGGACCUCCCGCAGCAGCACUCUCCGCCGCAAAGUUCGGACAAGGGAGUGGAAACAUUUGGAUGGACGACGUCACGUGCAAUGGACGUGAAGCUUCACUUUGGGAAUGCUCCUUCGCAGGAUGGGGGAUUAACAACUGCGGUCACGGAGAAGAUGCAGGCGUGAACUGUACGGAAGAAGUUGAUAUAAGGCUCGCUGACGGCAGCGACCGUUGUUCGGGAAGAGUGGAGGUGAAAUACAAUGGACAGUGGGGGACGGUUUGCGACGACGGCUGGGAUAUGGAAGACGCCAAGGUUGUUUGCAAACAGCUUGGUUGCGGAUCUUCCGCAGCAGCACUCUCCGGAGCAAAGUUCGGGCAAGGGAGUGGAAACAUUUGGAUGGACGACGUCACGUGCAAUGGACGUGAAGCUUCACUUUGGGAAUGCUCCUUCGCAGGAUGGGGGAUUAACAACUGCGGUCACGGAGAAGAUGCAGGCGUGAACUGUACGGAAGAAGUUGAUAUAAGGCUCGCUGACGGCAGCGACCGUUGUUCGGGAAGAGUGGAGGUGAAAUACAAUGGACAGUGGGGGACGGUUUGCGACGACGGCUGGGAUAUGGAAGACGCCAAGGUUGUUUGCAAACAGCUUGGUUGCGGAUCUUCCGCAGCAGCACUCUCCGGAGCAAAGUUCGGGCAAGGGAGUGGAAACAUUUGGAUGGACGACGUCACGUGCAAUGGACGUGAAGCUUCACUUUGGGAAUGCUCCUUCGCAGGAUGGGGGAUUAACAACUGCGGUCACGGAGAAGAUGCAGGCGUGAACUGUACGGAAGAAGUUGAUAUAAGGCUCGCUGACGGCAGCGACCGUUGUUCGGGAAGAGUGGAGGUGAAAUACAAUGGACAGUGGGGGACGGUUUGCGACGACGGCUGGGAUAUGGAAGACGCCAAGGUUGUUUGCAAACAGCUUGGUUGCGGAUCUUCCGCAGCAGCACUCUCCGGAGCAAAGUUCGGGCAAGGGAGUGGAAACAUUUGGAUGGACGACGUCACGUGCAAUGGACGUGAAGCUUCACUUUGGGAAUGCUCCUUCGCAGGAUGGGGGAUUAACAACUGCGGUCACGGAGAAGAUGCAGGCGUGAACUGUACGGAAGAAGUUGAUAUAAGGCUCGCUGACGGCAGCGACCGUUGUUCGGGAAGAGUGGAGGUGAAAUACAAUGGACAGUGGGGAACGGUUUGCGACGACGGCUGGGAUAUGCAAGACUCCAAGGUUGUUUGCAAACAGCUUGGUUGCGGACCUCCCGCAGCAGCACUCUCCGGAGCAAAGUUCGGGCAAGGGACUGGAAACAUUUGGAUGGACGAUGUCAAGUGCAAUGGACGUGAGGCUUCACUUUGGAAUUGCUCCUUCCCAGGAUGGGGGAUUAACAACUGCGAUCACGGAGAAGACGCAGGCGUGAACUGUACGGAAGAGGUUAGUAUAAGGCUGGCUGAUGGCAAUGGUCGUUGUUCGGGAAGAGUGGAAGUGAAAUACAAUGGACAGUGGGGGACGGUUUGCGACGACGACUGGGAUAUGGAAGACUCCAAGGUUGUUUGCAAACAGCUUGGUUGCGGAUCUCCCGCAGCAGCACUGUCCGGAGCAACGUUCGGGCAAGGGAGUGGAAACAUUUGGAUGGACGAUGUCAAGUGCACUGGACGUGAAGCUUCACUUUCGGAAUGCUCUUUUCGAGGUUGGGGGAUUAACAACUGCGGUCACCAAGAAGAUGCAGGCGUGAAAUGUGCUGAAGAAAAUAUGUCAACUCUCCAGCCUGAAGAGUAUUCGAUGGAAGCAACAACCCUAGCUGAAACAUUGCUUUCAAUGAGAUCUUCCACACUCCCUGACAAUUACGAAGUCGAUAUCAGGCUCGCUGAAGGCAGCGACCGUUGUUCUGGAAGAGUGGAGGUGAAAUACAAUGGACAGUGGGGAACAGUUUGCGACGACGGCUGGGAUAUGGAAGACUCCAAGGUUGUUUGCAAACAGCUUGGUUGCGGAUCUUCCGCAGCAGCACUUCCCGGCGCAAAGUUCGGGCAGGGGAGCGGGAACAUUUGGAUGGACGAUGUUUCGUGUAAAGGAACUGAAUCGUCCCUGUCAAUGUGCUUCUUCGGAGGAUGGGGGAUUAACAACUGCGGUCACCAUGAAGAUGCAGCUGUGAUCUGUUCGGAAGAAAACAUGUCAACUUCCCAGACUACAGAGAAUUCGAUGGAAGCAACAACCGAAGCUGAAACAUUGUUUUCAAUCAAAUCUUCUACACUCCCCUACAAUGAUGAAGUUGAUAUAAGGCUCGCUGACGGCAGCGAUCUUUGUUCUGGAAGAGUGGAGGUGAAAUACAAUGGACAAUGGGGGACGGUUUGCGACGACGGCUGGGAUAUGGAAGAUUCCAAGGUUGUUUGCAAACAGCUUGGUUGCGGAUCUUCCGCAGCAGCACUCUCCGGAGGAAAGUUCGGGCAGGGGAGCGGGAUAAUUUGGAUGGACGAUGUUUCUUGUAAAGGAUCUGAAUCGUCCCUGUCGAAGUGCUUCUUCGCAGGAUGGGGGAUUAAUAACUGCGGUCACCAUGAAGAUGCAGGAGUGAUCUGUUCGGAAGGAAUUAUGCCAGCUUUCCAGACUACAGAGUAUUGGAUGGAAACAACAAUCGAAGCUGAAACAUUGCUUUCAAUCAAACCUUCUAAACUCCCCUACAAUGAUGAAGUUGAUAUAAGGCUUGCUGACGGCAGCGAUCGUUGUUCGGGAAGAGUGGAGGUGAAAUACAAUGGACAAUGGGGGACGGUUUGCGACGACGGCUGGGAUAUGGAAGACGCCAUGGUUGUUUGCAAACAGCUUGGUUGCGGAUCUUCCGCAGCAGCACUCUCCGGAGCAAAGUUCGGACAAGGGAGUGGAAACAUUUGGAUGGACGACGUCACGUGCAAUGGACGUGAAGCUUCACUUUGGGAAUGCUCCUUCGCAGGAUGGGGGAUUAACAACUGCGGUCACGGAGAAGAUGCAGGCGUGAACUGUACGGAAGAAGUUGAUAUAAGGCUCGCUGACGGCAGCGAUCGUUGUUCGGGAAGAGUGGAGGUGAAAUACAAUGGACAGUGGGGGACGGUUUGCGACGACGGCUGGGAUAUGGAAGACUCCAAGGUUGUUUGCAAACAGCUUGGUUGCGGACCUCCCGCAGCAGCACACUCCGGAGCAAAGUUCGGACAAGGGAGUGGAAACAUUUGGAUGGACGACGUCACGUGCAAUGGACGUGAAGCUUCACUUUGGAAAUGCUCCUUCGCAGGAUGGGGGAUUAACAACUGCGGUCACGGAGAAGAUGCAGGCGUGAACUGUACGGAAGAAGUUGAUAUCAGGCUUGCUGAAGGCAGCGAUCGUUGUUCGGGAAGAGUGGAGGUGAAAUACAAUGGACAGUGGGGGACGGUUUGCGACGACGGCUGGGAUAUGGAAGACUCCAAGGUUGUUUGCAAACAGCUUGGUUGUGGAUCUCCCGCAGCAGCAAUUCCCGGCGCAAAGUUCGGGCAGGGGAGCGGGAACAUUUGGAUGGACGAUGUUUCGUGUAAAGGAACUGAAUCGUCCCUGUCAAAGUGCCUCUUCGCAGGAUGGGGGAUUACCAACUGCGGUCACCAUGAAGAUGCGGGUGUGAUCUGCUCGGAAGGAAUUAUGCCAACUUUCCAGACUACAGAGUAUUCGAUGGAAACAACAAUCGAAGCUGAAACAUUGCUUUCAAUCAAACCUUCUAAACUCCCCUACAAUGAUGAAUUUGAUAUAAGGCUAGCUGAUGGCAGCUUUCGUUGUUCGGGAAGAGUAGAGGUGAAAUACAACGGACUGUGGGGGACGGUUUGCGAUAACGGCUGGGAUAUGGAAGACUCCAAGGUUGUUUGCAAACAGCUUGGUUGCGGAUCUCCCGUAGCAGCACUCUCCAGAGCAAAGUUCGGGCAGGGGAGCGGGAUCAUUUGGAUGGACGAUGUUUCGUGUAAAGGAACUGAAUCGUCCCUGUCGAAGUGCUUCUUCGCAGGAUGGGGAAUUAACAACUGCGGUCAUCAAAAAGAUGCAGGAGUGAUCUGUUCGGAAGGGUUUGAACAUGGAGGAGGAACCGCUUUACAAUCAAAUUAACGGAUAAGAGCAGGUGUUCACAUGCUUCCAGGAAAUGCGAAUUCAAUUCUUUUUAUAUUCGGAAGAUGUUUCAUCCCCCACCGGCUCCACAUUUCAAUUGAAUGCUCAGGCCUCUACUCUGGGAAUUCUGUUGAUAUACCAAUGCUAAUAGCACCGAACGAAAAGCACAAUCUUCAUCGGCUCCUGACAUGCCAAGACAUCUAUUUUAAAUCUCGCAGAUGCAUUUUCAUAUCAUCCAUGGCAAGCGUCCUGCUACCUUGAUAACUCUUCCAGACUUAUUAACUUCUGAACACCAGAACUUUUGGCCAUCGCCUUUUAAGCGGGUCCGCUUUGCUGACCGGACCUCCUUCUGCUUACAAACGGUCCUCUCUGGCCAACUAAUGUUGCAAGAUAGCUCAUUGUGUGGUCCUGUGCCAUUUAUUACUUGAUAAUUUUCUAUUUUUUCUUCUUGUUUAGAGAAGUAGUUUUACUGCACGAAAGAUACCAUUCAAAAGGAAGAUACUGAGUUGUAAACUCUUACAUGAAACAAAUUGAGUGUCAAAGUCCCACAGCACGGAAAUUGGGCCUUCGGACCAUGCUGUUCAUGCCAACUGAGAUGUCCAUCUACGCUAGUACCAUUUGCCCGCGUUUGGCCCAUAUCCCUCCAAACCUGCCCCAUCCAUGUACCUGUCCAAGUAUUUUUCAAAUAUUGUUAUUGUACCUGCCUCAGGUACUUCCUCUGCCAGCUCGUUCCAUAGACGCACAACGCUUCGUGUGAAGAGGUUGCCCCUCAGGUCCCUUUUAAAUCUUUCCCCUCUCACCAUAAAACUAUGGGUUUUGUUUCCCUAUACCUUGGGGGAAGGUGGGUACAUUCACCUUAUCUAUGCCCCUCAUGAUUUUAUACACCUCUAUAAGGUGACCCCACAAUCUCCUAUACUCCAAGAAUUAAGUCCCAGCCUGCCCAACCUCUCCCUAUAACUCAUAGAGUCAUGUAACUUAUAUCUGGAAAAACUGCAGAAAACUACCUACGAUUGCAGUGGGCCAAAUCUUCCCUCGAGACACCGCACUAUUCUCCAUUCUAAAGCGGAAUUAUUUCCUCAAAAAGGAGCUCAGGAUGUCAGCGCUGUCCGCUGAAGUUCACCAUGAAGUCCGGCUGAGACCCUCCUCAUAUUCCCAAUUCAUUGGCUGGGAGAUAUCCGCACUGCACCUAUACUGGUAUAAACUGAUACAUGUAUGUUGAGCCCAUUGAAAUCAACGGGAGAAAAAGGCCGCUUGGAGAAAUAUGAGUGAAGUUCUUUAUUUGACUGAAUGUUAACUUGUGCAGCUGAUUGAUUAAUUUGUUACUAUGUUAUUUGUGUGCUUUUUUUACUGUGUUAUUUGUACUA